GUUGUUGUAGUGCCUUGCGGGCUGACUGCGCAUACAACUUCAGAGGAUCGGAACUCUCUUCUUUCUAAGGCCUUGGAGUUGACGGAACGCCUUUCCCGAGUGCGUUGUCCCAAAGCUGGUCAGUGUCGUGGAGCUUCUGCACCGACUGGUCAUUCUUGUAGAGUUCCAUUGCGCAUUCACCUGGACGAUCGCCAGCAUAUCUCUCCCGGCUGGAAGUUCAAUCACUGGGAGCUCAAGGGUGUUCCAAUCCGCCUCGAGAUCGGACCUAAAGAUAUUGCAGCUAAGGAAGUUACUUUGGUGCUUCGAUACAAUUCGAUGAAG